UCCAUCCAUUCAUUUUCUUGCCCAAUUUCUCCUACGUUCUUCCAUUCCAUUCUUCUUCCUUUCUUCCCCUUCUCCAUCCCAUUCUCCUCCAUUACUGGCAAACUCGUCUUCCCUUCUUCUCCGUCAUUGGUGAUCUUCUUCCUUUCAUCUGUGACUUCUUCAUCCCUUCAUUGUCCCUCGAUCUCUUUAUUUGGUUCAAGCCUUUCUACCCUAGCUCUUCCCUUCAAUAAAACCCAGUACCCAACUCUAUUCUUGAUCUGGCUUUCACUACAUUUUGGCAUCCUCUCCCCCCUGCCUCUUUCUUUCUCUACAGCCGCUGGGGCUAGGCCUUCCUCUCCACUCUUAGCUCAUUCCCUUCCGAUUGAACCAUAGAAAACCCAAUGGUCUCGAUCUAGGUUUGGAAAUAGUGGAAUAGUUGCGCGCCUUGUCGGAAGUGAAAGCCAGAUCUGACAGGGGGGAUCAGUGCGACGAGGAUCGGUGGUUGUCUUCAUCCUCAGACAUUUGAUGGGCGCAGUCAUGAUGCAUGAGAGAGAAAAACUUCCCUCCCCACCCUUUCCACGCACUGCCUCAGAUCUGAUGAGCCCUUUUCAAGCUUUCAAUUUUCUUAGUGAUGAGAUUGAGAUUUCCGAUCCAAAAUCAUGGGUAGGGGAAAACGAAUAGAAAAUUAUCGAGGGUUUUUUUCUGUUUGGUGAGAGAGAAAGUGGAGGACGGAGGGAUGGGAUUCCAGUAUGGGAGAAAGAAUGGAGCUAAGCUGAGUGUUUUUUUUUUUUUUUGGAACAGUAGGUGAAAGGAGGUAAGCUUAGUUUAAAUGGUUACAAUAGAAGAGUAAACAGUGGGCAAUGGUGGUGGCUGUCUCUCUGAGCACUGGGAUUCUCAUCUCCAUUUUUACACCUGCAGAUUGAAGGCAAAAAAACUAUGAAUCACAAACUAAAGUGCGAAUAUUUGGGCUUCUCAACUCAAAUUUGAUGUAUUAUAACCUUGACAUGAACCUCCUCAACUCCGACCUAACCCCAAUCUUCAAUUUUGGAAGAGGAAGAUCGAUUAUUUUUGCAGAAGAUGCUUAUUUUUGUUAAUGGUAAGAGGGUCCCGGGCUAGGUUUGAAUGGAAAAGAAAGAGGGGGAUGAUUUGGGGGCUAGGAGAAUCAAUGGUGUUGAGAAGUGGCAAUGGCAAUAUGUUUUCAAAUUUAGGGUUUGCAGAGGAAGGGAAAAAGAAAGGAAAGUGAGAGAGAGAGUGGGAAAAGAAGAAGAUCAGUUUCCUUUUAUUUUAUUUUUGGGAGGUAAUAUAGUGAUAAUUUUUUA